AUGCCUACGAACUUAUCGCACACUUCAACGCAACUGCCUAGUCUAGACUCUGUUCUGUCCAAGAUCCAGUCGGAGCAGAAAUGGCCUCUUCCGGACCCGACCACUCCCCAUCCGCUAGCAAUGCCUGGUCCUCCAGCCUUGCUUCAGCCUCUUGGCAGACCAAAUUUACCCUCCAUCAAUGUGCCAUUGGCCUCUAUCCGCUACAAUCGCCAGGACCCGCCCCACUAUGUGGCUCCGAGAGUGGCUCUUCCGAUUCCCCCCAACCGCAGCAAAAGCAGAAAAGAACUCUGA